AUGGCCCCCGUCUGGCUACAACCCUACCUCGAUCAUUUGCCUCAGAAGAGCGCACCCAAGCUCUAUGCUUGGAGCCUGUUCAACUUGGAACAAAAUAACUCAGUCUCGAGCCCCUCGGCCAGUCGGUUAGAAGGAUCAAUAUCUCAUCAACAACAUCGCAACCGCCAACAGCGUAUCUACGUUCUUGGCGUUGGAAAUUUAGGAAUUCUCUUUGCCAGCUCGCUUGCGUCUCUACCUAAUCCACCACCGAUAACUCUCGUCUUUCACCGCAAAGAGCUUCUGCUGUUAUGGGGACAACAACCAGGUAUCGAGAUCACUCGGGGAGACUCUACGCAAAAGUAUUUGGAUUUCGAUGUUGAGCUAUGGUCCGAAGAAGAACCGAUCUUAGGUCCAACAAGAGAGGUUGCGGAUGGACAAGAGAUUUCCAACCUGAUUGUAACGACCAAGGCAUCCCAAGCUCUUCCGCAGGUCGAUCGAGCACGUCGCUAUCUCAAUGACCGUUCCACGGUUGCUUUCGCUCAAAACGGCAUGUGCAAACUUUGGCCACCUCACGGCGACUCCUACAUGGCAUCGCGGUAUGCAGAUGCUUCUGCUCCUCAUCCCAACUGGCUGGCUUGUGUAACAACCCACGGAGUAUCUUCGUUGGGCCAGUUCAGGAGUCUACAUGCCUCCAAGGCAGACCUCAAGGUUGGGCUUGUUUUUCCAAAUAAUUCUGGCAACAACGGCGCUUACCUGUCGAAUAUACUCGCCGAAUCACCUCACCUAAACGGCCAUAUCGUAGCACGCAACGAGCUAUGGGUACUGCAGCUGGAGAAACUCGUGGUCAACUCUGUCAUCAACCCACUAACCGCCAUCCUUCGCUGCAAAAAUGGCGAUCUGUUCACGAAACAGGAAGGCCCCCUUGCGAGCAUCAUCAAUUCUCUGUUGAUGGAAGCCAGCAAUGUUCUUCAAGCCCUGAUCAAGGACCGAAGCACCGAAUCUAUUCUACAAACAGUCCCUGGAAUGCCAGUGGCAGCGGAGAACGAGAUGAUCCGCAAGUGCGGUCCUCAACGUGGCGAUCUCCUGGACCGCUUUUCCUACAACAAGCUCAAGGAGAUGCUUUACAGUGUUGGAUACAAGGUCCGAGAAAAUACGAGCUCUAUGCUCCAAGACGUUCGUGCUGGGAAACCAACGGAAGUCAACGAGUUCAACGGAUGGCUAGUUGAGAUGGCUGCCUAUCUCGAGUGUGGGAUUAGCGUUGUCCAUCACAAGAAUCUCGUCCGUCUUGUGGAAAAUGGCACGGUGUUGGACGAAGAGUCUCUCGGCAAGCACUUCACCAAUUUUGGAGACGACCAUUAAGGUAGACUUGCCAGUGCCUGAAUCCAGGAUUCACACCGCUUCAUGGCUUGGCCCAGGUCACAAUACAGCAGAACACUGACGAGUCGCUGAGCAAGACGCGAUGGCACGCUUGCAUUCCCCAGAAUGCCGUCGAUCUUAGUCCAACACUUUACGGGAUCGACCGCGAUGAUACUGGAAAUAUUAACCGUCCAGGGUACAACCCUCUUGAUGCUCGUGCACUUCGUUCAGUCACUCGACUGCUCGCAAACUAGACGACACCGGCAUACAGUCCAACUGCCUACUGAAUCAAAUGGAAUCAACGGCAGAGAUCCAGCAUGAUCAUGUCGUAGAAGCUACGGGGCAACCUUGUUUCGAAAACUCCGUCCAAAGGUACCGAACAUCGGCGGGCGACCUCAUUCGUCCGGCAACCACGCUCUUCGAGAAGCCACUGGCUAUACUCGCGGUAUGCCAACGUGGCCCAGUCUCCUGCAAAGGUGACUCGUGUGCCCUUUUACAAGGCAAUCCCUGAGCCUGUUAGUAUGGUUUGGUGUGCAGUUGCACUCGAGGUGGUCUACUUCAUUUGCCACGUUCGCUUGCUUGCCGCCCCUUAAGAGACCACAUUAUAGCC